GAAGCAAAGCCCGCGACUUCUCCGGAGGCGGCGGCGGCUCACGUCCGUGGCGCACCGCGCAGCUCACCCGCCCGCGACGAGUCCGCCGCGUCCAACUCUCCCCGGCCUCGCCCUCGCUCGCCGCCGCGUCCGCGUCCACGCUCUCCCCUCACGAGGUGGGCUUGGAUGUGGCGUUCCUAGCUGACACGGCCGCGGCUGCCGCCUCUUGCCCCGGCGCCGUCGACGCGCUGCGCUAGGGACGAAAACGGUUUCGGAACUUCUCGUUUUUGUUGUAGGCUGUUGCACCAACUAUGAAGCAGGUUGAUCGUCCCCCGAGAAAUCCGAAGCGUACAAUCAUCGAAUCAAGCCAAGAGUGCUUUAGCGUCGACACCCCCCGGUUGACAGCAACCGGAGACCCUCCCAAUGCCUCUCGUGACGGCGAUCGAUCGCGCCCCCGAAAGAGACCUGCUGUUCUCCAGCAAAGCACGAAUCAACUGCCUAGUGGGGAUGAUAACGAUGACUUCAUGCCUCCUAAAAAGAAGUCCAAUGCCAAAUUGUCUGUCACAAAGAAGAUGAAAGUAGAGGAUACCCGACGACAGGUUUAUGCAUCCGGGGGCUCAAGUUGGAUACUCGACAGCGGGUGCACAAACCACAUGACCGGGGAGAAAAGGAUGUUCUCCUCAUAUGAGAAAAACAAAGAUCCCCAACGAGCUAUCACAUUCGGGGAUGGAAAUCAAGGUUUGGUCAAAGGAUUGGGUAAAAUUGCUAUAUCUCCUGACCAUUCUAUUUCCAAUGUUUUUCUUGUUGAUUCAUUAGAUUACAAUUUGCUUUCUGUUUCACAAUUAUGUCAAAUGGGCUACAACUGUCUUUUUACUGAUACAGGUGUCACUGUCUUUAGAAGAAGUGAUGAUUCAAUAGCAUUUAAGGGUGUGUUAGAGGGUCAGCUAUACUUAGUGGAUUUUGAUAGAGCUGAACUCGACACAUGCUUAAUUGCUAAGACUAACAUGGGUUGGCUCUGGCACCGCCGACUAGCCCAUGUUGGGAUGAAGAAUCUUCAUAAGCUUCUAAAGGGAGAGCACAUUUUAGGAUUAACAAAUGUUCAUUUUGAGAAAGACAGGAUUUGUAGCGCAUGCCAGGCGGGGAAGCAAGUUGGAGUCCAUCAUCCACACAAGAACAUCAUGACGACCGAUAGGCCGCUUGAGCUACUCCACAUGGAUCUAUUCGGCCCGAUCGCUUACAUAAGCAUCGGCGGGAGUAAGUAUUGUCUUGUAAUAGUGGAUGAUUAUUCUCGCUUCACUUGGGUAUUCUUUUUACAGGAAAAAUCUCAAACCCAAGAGACCUUAAAGGGAUUCUUGAGACGGGCUCAAAAUGAGUUCGGCCUAAGGAUCAAGAAAAUAAGAAGCGACAAUGGGACGGAGUUCAAGAACUCUCAAAUUGAAGGCUUCCUUGAGGAGGAGGGCAUCAAGCAUGAGUUCUCUUCUCCCUACACACCUCAACAAAAUGGUGUAGUGGAGAGGAAGAAUCGAACUCUAUUGGACAUGGCACGAACCAUGCUUGAUGAGUACAAGACACCGGACCGGUUUUGGGCCGAAGCGGUCAACACCGCCUGCUACGCCAUCAACCGGUUAUAUCUUCACCGAAUCCUCAAGAAGACAUCAUAUGAACUCCUAACCGGUAAAAAGCCCAACAUUUCAUACUUUAGAGUUUUUGGUAGCAAAUGCUUUAUUCUUGUUAAAAGAGGUAGAAAAUCUAAAUUUGCUCCUAAAACUGUAGAAGGCUUUUUACUUGGUUAUGACUCAAACACAAGGGCAUAUAGGGUCUUUAACAAGUCCACUGGACUAGUUGAAGUCUCAUGUGACGUUGUGUUUGAUGAAUCUAACGGCUCUCAAGUAGAGCAAGUUGAUCUUGAUGAGAUAGGUAAUGAAGAGGCUCCAUGCAUCACGCUAAGGAACAUGUCCAUUGGGGAUGUGUGUCCUAAGGAAUCCGAAGAGCCUCCAAAUGCACAAGAUCAACCAUCCUCCUCCAUGCAAGCAUCUCCACCAACUCAAAAUAAGGAUGAGGCUCAAAAUGAUGAAGAAGACGAGCCACCUCAAGAUGAUAGCAAUAAUCAAGGGGGAGAUGCAAAUGAUCAAGAAAAGGAGGAUAAGGAAGAACCAAGACCGCCACACCCAAGAGUUCACCAAGCAAUCCAACGAGAUCACCCCGUCGACACCAUCCUCGGCGACAUUCAUAAGGGGGUAACCACUCGAUCUCGGGUUGCUCAUUUUUGUGAACAUUACUCUUUUGUUUCCUCUAUUGAGCCACACAGGGUAGAGGAAGCUCUCCAAGAUUCGGAUUGGGUGGUGGCAAUGCAAGAGGAGCUCAACAACUUCACUAGAAAUGAGGUAUGGCAUUUAGUUCCACGUCCUAACCAAAAUGUUGUAGGAACCAAAUGGGUCUUCCGCAACAAGCAAGAUGAGCAUGGUGUGGUGACAAGGAACAAAGCUCGACUCGUGGCCAAAGGAUAUUCACAAGUCGAAGGUUUGGAUUUCGGUGAAACCUAUGCACCCGUAGCUAGGCUUGAGUCAAUUCGCAUAUUAUUGGCCUAUGCUACUUACCAUGGCUUUAAGCUCUAUCAAAUGGAUGUGAAAAGUGCCUUCCUCAACGGACCGAUCAAGGAAGAGGUCUAUGUUGAGCAACCUCCCGGCUUUGAAGACAGUGAGUACCCUAACCAUGUCUAUAGGCUCUCUAAGGCGCUUUAUGGGCUCAAGCAAGCCCCAAGAGCAUGGUAUGAAUGCCUAAGAGAUUUCCUUAUUUCUAAUGGCUUCAAAGUUGGCAAAGCCGAUCCUACACUCUUUACUAAAACUCUUGAAAAUGACUUGUUUGUAUGCCAAAUUUAUGUUGAUGAUAUUAUAUUUGGGUCUACUAACGAGUCUACUUGUGAAGAGUUUAGUAGGAUCAUGACACAGAAAUUCGAGAUGUCGAUGAUGGGGGAGUUGAAGUAUUUUCUAGGAUUCCAAGUCAAGCAACUCCAAGAGGGCACCUUCAUUAGCCAAACGAAGUACACUCAAGACAUUCUUGCUAAGUUUAGGAUGAAGGAUGCCAAACCCAUCAAGACACCCAUGGGAACUAAUGGGCAUCUCGACCUCGACACGGGAGGUAAGUCCGUGGAUCAAAAGGUAUACCGGUCGAUGAUUGGUUCAUUGCUUUAUUUAUGUGCAUCUCGACCGGACAUUAUGCUUUCCGUUUGCAUGUGUGCAAGAUUUCAAUCCGACCCUAAGGAAUCACACCUUACGGCCGUAAAACGAAUCUUGAGAUAUUUGGCUUACACACCUAAGUUUGGGCUUUGGUACCCUCGGGGAUCCACAUUUGAUUUGAUUGGUUAUUCGGAUGCCGAUUGGGCGGGGUGCAAAAUUAAUAGGAAGAGCACAUCGGGGACUUGCCAGUUCUUGGGAAGAUCCUUGGUGUCUUGGGCUUCAAAGAAGCAAAAUUCGGUCGCUCUUUCCACCGCCGAAGCCGAGUACAUUGCCGCAGGACAUUGUUGCGCGCAAUUGCUUUGGAUGAGGCAAACCCUGCGGGACUACGGUUACAAAUUAACCAAAGUUCCUUUGCUAUGUGAUAAUGAGAGUGCAAUCAAAAUGGCCGACAAUCCCGUCGAGCACAGCCGCACUAAACACAUAGCCAUUCGGUAUCAUUUUCUUAGGGAUCACCAACAAAAGGGAGAUAUCGAGAUUUCUUACAUUAACACUAAAGAUCAAUUAGCCGAUAUCUUUACCAAGCCUCUUGAUGAACAAUCUUUUACCAGACUUAGGCAUGAGCUCAAUAUUCUUGAUUCUAGAAAUUUCUUUUGCUAGCUUGCACACAUAGCUCAUUAGAAUACCUUUGAUCAUAUCUCUUUUAUAUGCUAUGACUAAUGUGUUUUCAAGUCUAUUUUCAAACCAAGUCAUAGGUAUAUUGAAAGGGAAUCGGAGUCUUCGGCGAAGACAAAGGCUUCCACUCCGUAACUCAUGCCUCGCCAUCACUCCGAGCAACUCUCUAUUCCUUGGGGAGAAAUGAGCAUCAAAGAAAAGGACUUCAUCCUUGGGGGAGAGAGUAAAAGCUCAAAAGCAAAAGGACCGAACUUCGUUUUUGAGACUAAACAUUAGAUGCAACCCCCAAGAUGUUCUUGUUUGCAUUCAGAUAAUGAAUGAAAGGCAACGCCAAGCUGUAGUGAGGAAAGGGUUCUUCAACAUACUUGACAUGACCAUCGAUGCACUUGGAAGCCGAACACACCUUUGUUGGCUGAUGGAGAAGCUAGACCCGAAAGACAUGACUCUUCGCAUUGGUCCAGGCAAAGAGCUGAAAAUCACCAAGGAGACCGUCCAUCUCAUCCUGGGUUUACCCAAUACUGGUGGUGGGAAGCCUCUAAACAUUGAUGAAGUAAAUGCAGCUGUUAACCUUAGGUCAUCACUUGGCAUCAGCAAAGAUGAGUUUGGAGUUGCAAAGCUGCAAGAACGAUUAAGAUUAGGAGGCGAUGAUGACCUCUCAAUUCGAUGUUUUUUCUUGAUCCUUUUCAACCGGCUGCUAUUCCCAACUGCUAGCUGGUCUAUAUCCAACAAUGAGGUGCUCUUGACAGAACAAUUGGAUCGUUUCCCUCAUAUUGAUUGGUGUCAUCUCAUAUUCAACGACUUAUGUGAAGCUGCCCAUAAAUGGCAUAACAGAAGCACUACAAAUGUGUCGGCGACGAUAUAUGGGUGUUCCAUUGUCGUUCUUGUGUACUACCUGGACCACCUCCACCACGCUGUAGCCCCCAACAACAAAAGCGACACACCGCGUAUCAAAUAUUUUGACAAGAAAACCAUAAAAGCAUUGUCAAUGGCUGAUAAGAGGAAGCCACGUCAGGGCGGUGAACCAUUUGGCCACUGUGAUUUUCGGAGCAGCUCAGAGACCUGUUACGCCCCUACACCUGAAUUUCAUGGUCAAUUCGAGUUUCAGUUCAGUUCAGAUGCAUUUGAUGUAGCCCAAAAUGCACCCUGUGGACAUCACACCAUCUCUAUUCAAGUUCCACUUAUCAAAGACAUGAUUUCAAGCAAGAUUCAGCAACUCCCUGCAUAUCACCAUCCCAAAUUUGAAGCAAAGCUGCGUGCUUACGACUCAGAGGUUGGCAAGUCAUUUGCCACUAUCAACCAACGUCUUAGCAAGAUUGUCAAAAAGCAGUACGACCUAGCAGACACAUUUGGAGAGUUGAUUGACGAGGUUCUUCGUGCUGAGAUAAAUAGUCCAGACAACAAAGAUGACAUGAUAGAACCUUCCAAUCCCUCAGCAUCAGAUCCACUAAUGACAGCCACGCAGCUGGAGUCGCAGAUGAUAGUCACUCAGGUGGAGGCCAUAUAUAAAAGACAACAGGAAAUGUGCCGAGCCUUCGAGAGUUCUCGUGAUGAAUCAGUCACACCUCAAAACAUCCGGGGUGACACGACGGAAGAUGAUGCUCUUCAACUUGACUCUGGCCUAGUUUUGGACCAGAUUCUAAGUGGCAAUGAGACAUAUAUGAUGCACAAAACACGACACGACUCUGUGCCACUCACACAAAUGGACUGUGUUCGCGCCCUUCGACAAUUCCUGUGUGCUAAGGUCAUGGAUUUGAACAGAAAUGUCAUUGAUUUUGGUGAAUAUGUCGGUACUUGUCGUGAUAUACAACGAUCGUUUGCCGAUGGGGAGUGCCUUGACAAUGUUUUCAUGCAAUGCUUCAUUGAUUGUGUUCGUGAUGACGCCACAAAUCAUAUCCCUCCACUAACUGCUCAUCAACUUAUCCUAGACGCCAUUGUUGGGGCUAUAUUGAACUUCGAGGAGCAGGAACAACACAGUAACACUCAUCGGCCGUAUGACCCAGCCAUCCUAGAGAAUUACUUGUCAAAGACACUGCCUUCGUUCAAGCAGUUGGACGAAUACAAAUCGAUCAUGGUCCCUAUGCUCCGCGCGGGACAUUGGACGUUGUAUGUUAUCAAUUUUCAGAAUCGAUGCAUACACAUUCUAGACUCCAAUCCAUACGGACCAGAACUUGGUGAGACUACAUGGGAAAGUUACCAUUAUGUUCAAAUGGACAUCGGGAAAAGGAAGUUACCAUGGGCCAGACUAAUAAUGGUUAGACUAAACAUGGCUCUCCAACAUGUUCGACCAAGAUCAAACCUACCUAGAUUUGACAACUUUCCAAUCGACAUGGCUCCAAACUGUCCCACAAUGAAAGCAGGGUCUAACGACUGUGGCUUCUUUGCUAUGAGGUACAUACAAUAUUAUGACUAUAUGGAUGGUGCUAUCAAUGUAGUUAUAGACUCGGAUAAUUCAGGUGACCUCCGCGCUCUUGCCUUGUAUUACCUGAUCUUCCAUCGACUAAACAAGAAUCGCUCAUUGUCUCCAGAAUUAGAAAGAUUCAAGUUCCCCCAUUAUUAGAUUAGUCUAGAGCAAUAUCAUCAGAUUGAUCGUUGCACUCAAAGGUGUGCUAGCAUGUAUUUAGUGUAUAUGUUUGUCCAUAUGUAUAGUGAUCUAGUGCCUAAAACUGUUUUACAACCUUUACACGUUAUAAACUUCUGUCACUUCUUAUGGAUCCAUGCUGAUCAAGUGCUUACCACCAGUUUUUACUACAUUUUGUUAUGUUGCUAUGUUUCAAUGA